ACGUCACGAUCCGCUUUUUUUUUUUUUACGACGCAGCACACAAACCGUCACGGUGCUCAGCUUCGGUGUGUUUAUAUGAAAUGUUUAACCUGUUACACGUUUUUUUUUCCAGCGAGCUAGCUAAAACACACCCAGUUAGCUAGCUCGCUCGCUCGCUCGGUGUCAGACAUGACGGAGAACUGACGCUUUUUUGCUCAAGCUGACGUCGCACAAACGGACGUUACCUGACGCAUCAUGCGUGACUGCCGAGCGCCAAAGCCGAAUCGCCUCCGGAAAGUCUUUAAAUUUGAAGUUCUUGACGAUGCUUAACAAACUCAAACGGAGCAGGGUUUGUAAAGAUGCUCUGUGUCCAAGUAAAGAGCAGCCGAGAGCCGCCGAGGCGGUAACGGUGGACUCAGAUUCAACCCUGCAACCUCCAGCUGACAGACACCGGUCAGUUGUUGCUGCUCGAGGUAUCUCCUCCACCUGCAUAAAGGUCAGCCCGCGUCAGGAGCAGACUUCAUGCGCAAAAGGCGUUAAAACCGCACCAAUUUUCUUACGUACAACUCAGCACAGGAAGAGUAAACACAGCGGUGAUGGGAGGCCGCAUCAGUCUGCAGAGACGCUGCGGACAUCAAUGCUCCCUCCUCAGAGUGAGGGUGUGCAACAGGUGAGAAGUCGGCCCUCUCACCUGACGGGCACAAAGUGGUCGCCAUCAGCUCUGCACAGCUGCCUGGAGGAAAUCCGAACAGCUAACCCUGCAUUUCCUGUCCCAACGGUGUUCAGCACUUUGCUGAAGAAAUCAAAUCUGCAGGAUUCAGCAGAACACUCCCUGAACAUAAGCUCCCCACAGAACCACCUCAAAGAGAAGAGGAAGCGGGAGAAUGAAAGCUCUGAGUGCGAGCCCAAGCGCCUGAGGUCUGGUCUUAUCACCACUGAGGGUGUUGCUGCCAUGGGUCACUGCCACAUGUCAGCACAGGGUGUCCAGGGGAGUACUGUCCCACAGGCCAGGAAGCAGCCGAGAAGCAACAAGCUCAGUCGCUCCUACAGACUGAGACAGCAGAGUGGGAUCCCAGCAGGCCUGGUGAUCAACUCUGAGCCAAAGUCUGAAGCGAUAAAGGACACAGAGCAUCACAGCCAGCCACUCAGCACUUCCAGUAGUCUCCAAAGAGAUUCCAGCGUUGAGGAUGUUCUCUGGACAGACAAAUACAGCCCUCAGCAUUCAAGUGAAAUCAUCGGCAACUCUGCCUCCGUGAAUAAACUACAGAAAUGGUUGAAGCAAUGGAAACUAAGAGCCGACCGUGACGAGAAGAGAAAACCGGAUGAAAGGAAACGAGAAGAAAACAGCAACGACUCAUGGGACUGUGGCGACUUCCAAGGUGAGGCUGGGACAGAGGACGACCGAGAGGAGACAUUGUGUAACGCCAUGCUGAUUACAGGACCGCCAGGCGUGGGAAAGACAGCCGCCGUGUACGCCUGCUGUCAGGAGCUCGGCUUCAAGGUAUUUGAGGUGAACUGCUCCUCACAGCGCAGCGGUUGCCAUAUUGUGUCACAGCUGAAAGAGGCUACACAGUCCCACCUUGUGGAGAUGUCGGGGAGGGACCCACUGAAACCUACUUACUUCAACCACUACAGCUCCACUCUGAAACCUGAGAGUUUAUCUGGGAAAACAGUGCCUCCAAAAAAUGUCACUUCUACCUCAAAAAAGAGAGCAGCCCAGAGCUUUGGUCGCUCCAGCCGCAAACUAAAAGCUAAUCCAGCCACAAAUACUUUGGCCAACUACUUUAGGAUGAAGGCCAAAGCAGAUCACUUACUCGUCGGCAGCCUGUCUGAAAAACCAGACUUCAAGACACCGGGCAGCCCCUCACCAGCCUCUGAUCAAACAGGGGCACAGAACAAAAAGACAGCCACAUCACUCAUUCUGUUUGAAGAGGUUGAUGUCAUAUUCGAUGCCGAUGUUGGUUUCCUCUCUGCCAUCAAGACUUUCAUGACAACCACUAAAAGGCCGGUCGUUCUGACCACCAAUGACCCCACGUUCCGAGAGAGAUUCAGCUGCAGCUUGGUGGAGAUCAUUUUCAAAACCCCAUCAGCUGUGAAUGUCUGCAGCUACCUGCAGCUGGUGGCAUUGGCUGAGAAUGUGCGACUGGAGUUGGAAGACGUCAGCGGCCUCCUCAGACUGUCCAGAGGUGACGUCAGACGCUGCCUGCUGCAGCUGCAGCUCUGGGUGCACAGUGGUGGAGGACGGGCAUCUCACAGUGGGGGUUUGACUAAGGAGCUGGUUGGUGUUCAGCGUUUGGAUGUUAGAAAAAAAGGAGAUGAUUUAGACUCCAAGCUUCCUCAGUGUGACACAGGCUGUACUGCUAGCAUGCUGGGUUUGCAACCUUUGACCCAAAACCAAGUGCUGAACCUUCUAAAGUGUCAGUUGUGGUGUGAAACAGACAUGAUGGAGCUCCUGAGGCUGCUAGCUGAGAGCUGGAGACGAGGUGUGCCUCUUUUGUACUGCAACCUGGAGCUCCUUCUACCCAUCACGGAAACUUCAGUUCACCUCCUUGACAAGGGGACAUGUUCUGAGCUGCACAGUGAGUUGGCAUGCGAUCCUCACAUCCAGCAGCUGGAUGGAAAUGUGAGUCUGAAGGCGUCCGACACUGACAGCAAAUCUGUUCGGAAUAUCUCCAGGCUUAGCAGAAGGAGAUAUAUCACGCAGUGUGACAUCACAUUGUCUUCCAGUGUGACAGAAACUCCUCAAAGAACAUCAUCACUGUCAAAGAGGGCUUGUUCAAAGGGCGCUAGUUUGAGAGACAGGACUGAACAAAACACAGCCAAAGUGGAAUCUGAUUGUUUGGAAUCACUGAGCGACUACUUUGACCUCAUGUCAUACCUCGAUGCCACAGUGCCGGUUGCAGCGCUGCUUGUUCCAGGCUCACGCACACCUGAGGCGUUUAUCUGGACAGGUGUUGAGAUAAAGGACGGUCUGUUGGAUGAGAUGAGUGAGGAGGAGGAGGAGGGCAGAGGUUGGAGCCAGGAGAGGCUGUUGGAUAUUCAGGCUGCUGUGGAGGGCCUGGGGUUUCACAGGUACCUGUGGAGAGUUUUUGAGGCGUGGACUGAAGGCCAAAAAUACAGACAGGGACUGGGAGACACGAGGUUGGGGAGGCUGGUGGAGAGACUUGUGUUACCUGCAUCUUCCAAAAGCCUCAGCUUUAGUUUUCCACCUCUGUGUGCACCAAGAGUGUCCCAGAGGCGGUAUGAGCUGAGCAGGACGGUGCUCUGCAGUAAAUCCUUUCACCUGCUGGGCAACAGGCGAGCUGUCAGUGUGGACUACAUGCCGGUCCUCCGCUACAUCUGUCGCCUGCAGAGAGCACAGCGGCAGAAAGAGGAGCCAGUCGGGUGUCUGAACUACCUCAGCGGCACACAGCUGGGUCUCUCAAAGAAGACCAUUCAUCUCCUGGCAGAAGAUUUCUCCUAAAGAAAAAUCUGGAAAACUGAGGAGCCUCACUUCCAUUAGCAGUCAGUAUUUAUUUAACUGUGAAUCAAUGUUACCUGACUACUACCUCCAACAUCAUACUGUCAAAUGAAUUUAAUUCAAUUCAGAUGAGAAAUCAUGUUUUGUUUACAUGUACUUGCAACCAUGAAAAGUAAAUAAAAUAUUCUAUAUUCUUUUUAA